GGCGGCGGCCGGCAGCGGCAGCUCAGCCUGCAGGAGGUGGCGGAGCAGCUGCGGCGGCAGGAGCGGCGCCGAGUGGUGGUGAUGGCAGGGGCGGGGAUCAGCACCCCCAGCGGCAUCCCCGACUUCAGGUCUCCGGGGAGUGGCCUCUACAGCAACCUGGCACAGUAUGACAUCCCCUACCCAGAAGCCAUCUUCGAGCUGAUGUAUUUCUUUGCCAACCCCAAGCCCUUCUUCACGCUGGCCAAGGAGCUCUACCCUGGCAACUACAGACCCAACUACGCCCACUACUUCCUGCGGCUGCUGCACGACAAAGGGCUGCUGCUGCGCCUCUACACCCAGAACAUCGACGGGCUGGAGCGCGCCGCUGGGAUCCCUCCCGACAGGCUGGUGGAAGCCCACGGCACCUUUGCCACUGCCACCUGCACAGUCUGUCGAAGGAAGUUCCCGGGAGAGGACUUCAGGGGGGACGUCAUGGCCGGCAGGGUGCCUCAGUGCCCCACCUGCAGCGGCCUGGUCAAGCCUGACAUCGUCUUCUUCGGCGAGGAGCUGCCCCAGCGCUUCCUCCUGCACCUGGCAGACUUCCCCCUGGCAGACCUGCUCCUGGUCAUCGGCACCUCCCUGGAGGUGGAGCCCUUUGCCAGCCUGGCAGGAGCCGUGGGCAGCUCAGUGCCCAGGGUCCUCAUCAACCGCGAGCUGGUGGGGCCCUUCGCGCAGCGCCGGCGCCACAGCGACGUGGCCCAGCUGGGGGACGUGGUCGGCGGCGUGGAGAGGCUGGUGGGGCUGCUGGGCUGGGCACAGGAGAUGCAGACACUGAUCCAGAGAGAGACAGCAAAGGUGGGGAGAGACUCGGGGCCUCCUCAGUGCCUCUGCUGGCUGGAUGCCAAAGGCAACCAGGAGAGCUGA